UUAAAACACACGCAAAUGUAUUUUCCGGGCUGCAACACCUGCCGUCUUGCCUCGGUAGGAAUCAUUUUCAAAAACAGCAGCUUCUUGAAGCCCCAGAACGCAUUCCUGUGCUACGGAAGACGGAAGAGUGGCUCUCGGGGUCAGAAGGCGAAGGUCAGAAGGCCGAAUUGGCGGGAGAAUAAGUUGGUGUUCCGAGAUCUGAGGCAACGGUGGCUCCUCGAGGUCCACGGUCCUGGAGAUGGGAUUUCGUCAUGUUGCCUAGGCUGAUCUUGAACUCCUGGGCUCAAGAUAUCCACCCUCCUCGGCCUCCCAAUGUGCUGGGAUUACAGGCGUGAGCCACCAUGCCUGGCCCGAGUGUUCAUUGAUGAUGAGAGAUGGGCUUUUUGCAUCAAAUCACAAAAAUAUACUGAUCCCAAGUAUCCUGUAGAGAACUUGCUAAACCCAGAUAGUCCAAGGAGACCUUGGCUCAGCUGCCCUCAGGACAAGAGUGGGCAAUUGAAAGUAGAACUACAGCUGGAGAGGGCAGUGCCCAUUGGCUACAUUGAUGUGGGUAACUGUGGCUGUGCAUUCCUGCAAAUUGAUGUGGGCCGUUCUUCCUGGCCCCUGGACAGACCUUUCAUAACCCUGCUCCCUGCUACCAUGCUAAUGUCUCUAACUGAUUCAAAGCAGGGGAAGAACCGCUCUGGGGUCCGCAUGUUUAAAGAUGUUGAUUUCCUGCCUCCAGCCUCAGGAGAGUUAUGGGAUCGACUUCGCCUGACCUGCUCCCAACCCUUCACGCGUCAUCAGUCCUUUGGUCUGGCCUUUCUACGGGUGCGUUCUUCUCUGGACUCCUUAGAUGACUCUGUGGUGGGUCCCUCAGCCCUUGUGAGCUCUGUACUGAACAAGGGUUCUUCUGAUGCUGAGGAGUCUGGUCCUAGCCCCUGGCUAGCUAAUCCUUCCAUCCGGAGGACAUUCUUCCCACAUCCCCAUACUGACACCAAGGAAAUUUCAGACCUCAGGAAUAUCCUAACACAGCUGCAGCCAGGGACUCUGGGGCGUUCAGCCCACAUGGUGCUUUCUGCUGCCUGCAGGGUGCCUCCAGUCAGUGUGGCAAGCCCAAAGAACAACCAUGCAGAACCAGGUUCCAGUCAUCCAGACAGGGCAGAGCCCAGAGCAGAGGAGCAAAACUUGGAGAAUGAUGUGGGCAGGAUGAAAAGAAGAAAAGUGCAGCACCAAAGGACUUUAUCCAACUCUAAUUCUUGGCCAAACAGGAGGGAGAUAGCAAGAGCACGGCAAAAAAAACAGCACCGACCCCAGGCCCAAAGCAGUGGUGGCCAGGAUAGUGGACAGUGCCCGAUUUGUGCAGGUUCCUUCUGGAUUGAGAUUCUUCCCCAGCAUGCUGCCACUUGUGGAGAGACCUCCCCACCUCACCCAGCUUCUCCCUCAUCCUCAUCAUCUUCGUCCCAGUCUGUACUGUGGGUGUCCUCCCCAGAAAGUUCACCCCCUGUCUCCUGGGUUCAGUGCCCUAUCUGCCAGUUGCAGUUCUCAGCAAGAGAAGUAGAAGAGCAUGCCAGCAUAUGUGGGGACUUCCCUCAGGCAUGAGCCAUGAGGUCGUGUGGUUUUGCCCCACCCUCUGUGACUGAGACUGGGACUGAAUCGCUUGACAGCUGAGAAGAGCUGCUGAGGCCAAAGCUCCCUCUCUCCUCCCCUCCACUCAUUCCCUCAGGACUCUGCCUGAGGGCACCUCUGUGCCUAGCCUGAUCCCCAUUCCCAGUUGUCAAGGCUUCUGUGACCAUGGCACCCGAUUCUCCUAAGGCCAGCUCUGUUCUUUUCCUCCUUGGAAGUCUCCUUGUAACUUUUGGGCCUUGGGACACCAUCCAGAAUGUCUUUCCCUCUGUGAGUGGUGCACAUUCUCAUGCCCAUUUUCCUGAAAGGAAAACCGAGUCCCAGUGAAGAGCAAACGCUGCCUGACAGAUAAAAUCCUGUGGUGUGCUGGGAAUGUGCGUGUGGGUUUUGAGCACGAGGCUGACAUCCAGCAACCCAUAACCUGAGCUCUCAGUCUUCUUUGUGGGCUUCUGUCCUGGGCAUAAUCAGAUAAUGGUGAUGUGUGUGACACUAAGCAAGUUAUUUAUUUUAGCAUCCAGAAUUAACUGAGAGAAAAAAAUCUCCCAUCCUCCCGCUCACAGAGCUAUGAUAGGGACCAGAUGGGUUAAUGACUAAGGAGUAGUUCUAGGCUUGGCUAUGGAACCUUGGGCAGAUCCCAUUCCUUAUCUACACAAGGAGGUGAUUGGACCAGAGGGUGUCAAAGAUUCCCUCAAGCUGUGAUAUUCCAAAUUCUGUUCCCAGCUUCUUUGAGCAAAUAUGUCUUCUCUCCCCUUUCCCAGAAGAUUUCACUGUGUGGCACUAACACUGGUUCCCUUGGUCCCCAGGGUACAGAGCAGAGCGGGAGCAGCUGGUCCUGCAAAGAGAGGGCCCAGGGCGGGGUUUUGAAUAGAUAGAAAAGAGGGUGAUAGGCACAGUCAGGGAGAAGACUGAGCAGGAGUUCAGUCCUUUGGUUCCUGCCAGCACAGGUGCCAGCAUAGGUGGGCGCAGCCAUGGACCCCAUCACGGUUAGAAGCCUGCUCCCCUACCUUCUCCCAUUCUGCUCCCAUUUCUACCCAUGAAUAAAACAAAAGAUUGGCCCAAAGGCACUGCAGGGGCAUCCUAUCUGCCAAGCAGGUGGCGGACAUCACUAUGUAGGUGGGAGAAGAGCCCCUGGAACCCUGAGCUUGGGCCCAGAAGAGAAGAGCAGUGAGGAUGGGGCCGAGCCUGGUAGAAGACAGGGACGAGGCAGUGCCAAGGGGGAGAAAUGCCCCCCAAAGCAGGGGAGGGCAAAGCGGGAGGAUUGGUGAAGAAAGAGUAUGUUGGGAUCCUGCUGGGGCCCUGGUCAGAGCUGAGGGGCUUGGCAAAAGCCCACACAAAACCCUCCUGUGUGGACAUGUCUCCGGGCCUGCCCAUGGGAGAGGCUCUGGGACUUUAAGAGGGAAGAGCAGCUGGGAGAUGAAGUCAACAAGAGGGGAGCUGGGUCCGAACAGAUCCUGUGCACCUGUAUGUGGGGUUAGGCUGCCAGGGCAGCCCACCCCUGCUUUAACCUACCAUUGCUCAAGGUACCCAUAGGUAGCCCUUCUGUUGGGGGGCUCCUGGGAGGGUGGAAGUCAAGCUGAGGAAGGGGCCCCUGGUCAGACCCACCUGAGGAAGGGGCCCCCAGUCUCUCCCCAGUGGGGGAAGAAUAGAAAGCCCCCACUGUACAGUGUCAAUUUUCCUAACCUGAGAGUCUACACAAUAAAAUGGUGAAUAAGACAA